CUCACACUUCGUUUCCCAACAGCGGAGACAGUUUAGUCACACAGCAGACAGGGCAGAAGACGGUCUACCCCUCAGCCAACUGUUACCACCUUUGGAGAAGAAGUCCAAAAGCACAACCAUGGGUAAAGGAUGCAUCACAGUCACCAAGUAUUUUCUAUUUCUCUUCAACCUCCUCUUCUUUAUCUUUGGAGCAUUGAUCAUGGGCUUUGGACUGUGGGUUCUCUUUGAUAACCAGAGCUUCAUUGCUGUUCUGCAGGAAUCAUCAGACACAGUGAAAGUGGCUUCAUACAUCCUCAUCGGAGUGGGUUCACUGUCAAUGGCCAUGGGCUUCUUCGGCUGCAUAGGGGCCAUCUACGAAAUCCGUUGUCUGCUGGGUCUGUACUUCACAUGUCUCCUGCUCAUCCUCAUCGCCCAGGUCACCGCUGGAGUCCUCAUUUACUUCCAAAGAGAGCCGUUGAAAUAUGAGAUGUCCAACAUCAUAAAAGGCAUGAUAAUCAACUACACUGGCCAGAACAGGACCACAGAGCACACAUGGGACUUCAUUCAGAGGACGAUGAAGUGCUGUGGAUGGACUGGUCCAGGAAACUGGUCUGAGAACCUUUCAAUCAAGAACAGUUCUAAGAACCUCUACCCAUGUUCCUGUCGCAAUGAGAGCCUGUCUGGCACGGACAUCCAGGAAGUAGGCCUGUGUGAGCACAUGUCCACAGAUCUACCUGUCUAUGAAACGGGCUGUAUGACCAGUGUGGAGAAAUGGCUCCUGGACAACUGUGGGGUUAUUCUGGGAAUGUGUGUCGGUGUGGCAGUUGUGGAGCUCCUCGGGAUGAUUCUCUCCAUGUGUCUGUGCAAGAGCGUCGUCCAGGAGGACUAUACCAAAGUACCGAAGUACUGAGCUGAAGACGGAGCCAGCUUCACACCACACACAGAUGGAUGGACUCUU